AGUCUCCUGUCAACACAAUUACUCAUUAAAGAGCUAGCAAAACAAAGGCAUUCUGCAGUUAUGUAGCACAAAUCCGGCGCUCACCUAAUAUGCUGGGCCCGGUUACCGUAAAAUAGCCUUUACGGGUUUGAAAGUGGCUAUAGGUCAAGCUUAAGAUAGUUGCGGUAGCCACAUGCUAACAGGCUAGAGUGAGUUUGCGGUGCGCCGCAGUUUUGUUAUUGUCUGUCUCUCGUCUCGGCCAGCGGCGCGAGGGAGCUAAUCUGCUGCUGUACCUUUCUUUUUGUAUUUUCGAUGGUGGACUUUGGCAAAUAAACUGCUAUCUCCCCUGCUCGUCGCAAAGCGAAGUGUCCAGCUAAGAUGUGGCAAAGUGUCGGGCUCACAUUGCUGGUCAUUGUGGCCACGUUGCUUUGUGUUCUUAUCUUCAUGUUAUGCGGUUGGUAUGUGGUCUGGCAGCUCUUCUUGUCCAAGUUCAAGUUCCUGCGCGAACUCGUCGGGGACGCAGCCUCCCCGCCGGCGCAGGCAAAGCCGUCCGAAAGCGAGAGCGAACGCGCCGCCACCGCCCCCACGCGCAACCGUCCCAGGACUGCACGGCAAAGAGUUGCCUUCCCAGAGAGCACCAUGUAGAUCGCCACUGACUACGCACCUUACACUAAAUGAGGACCUUUCCCAACUGACACUCAGUUGGUGACCGGACCUGAAAGCCAUUUGCAGCGCCAUCCAUUACGAAGUCAGCCCUUCAUUAUUAGGCUUUAAAAAAAAAAGUGGGGGGGGGGCCGCCUGUAGUGGCCAUGGAGUGUCUGAUUUUAAGUCGACAUACAACCAAUGAACUUCUUGACAUUCUUAAAUUGCAAUGAACUUAAAGUUGUCAACCCUGCGAUAGACUUAUUCGGGUAAAACAGCUGCUACUACGAUCCUAAAAAACACAAUGUACACUUGAAGAGUGGUUUACAAGGAGCUGACGAAUUUGCGUGGUGUUUUUGAUGCUGCUACACACGACACAAGCUGACAUCCCGGAGCUCCAAAUGGAUGCUCCCUUGCUGCAGACAAGCCGACCCCAUGGCGUCCAACCCCAUCUCGCUCUCCCCGUGUGUUCUGCCCCGCACCAGGGUCAAGUCUAGAUGGCGUCCGUGGGUUUUUUUUUUUCAUCACAUCAGCCCCUUUUAGUACUCCGUCUACAACCGGGCCAAAUGCAUUGCUGUUUUUGUCAUCCUCUUUAUUUACAGGUUAACUGUAGAAAAUACAACUUGCACCUUUUAAUUGAUGAUGAUCAUUUCUGUGGCGUAGCCGCUUCAAACCAAACACUUAGAGCUCAGUCCUGUUUUCUGCUCAAAUGUAUUUUUUUUUAAUACAUUAAAGUCCUAAUUGAAUUUG